AUGCGUAAAUUCUUUUCUGGUUCUUAUCCAUCUCAUCAUUGGGUACAACAGGUUUAUUCUGCAAAUGAUCCGAGAUUGAUUGCCAUUGCCUUUUACAAACCACCAUCUUCAUCAAAGCCUUCAUUAUCGAGUGAUUCUAAUAGUAAUCAUCAUCAUCAGACAGUUUCAGAAUAUUAUAUUUAUUUAAAUCCAACAGAUAAGAGAGGUUAUCGAUGUAUUGUUCGAUUGGUAAACUCCUCCGAUAUGGCUUCAACAUUUAAUAGAGAAUAUACGAGAAGUGAAAGAGUUGGGUUGGGUAUUCUGCUUCAAUUCAUGUCUGAUUGCUAUUCCAAGGUAAUGCCAAUUAGUCAGAUAUCCAUUGCUGGAAAUAAUUCUCAUCAAUUUAAUGAAAGCUUAGGUGAAACAAUUUUGGGUAGAGAGGAAGAACCUUCCUUUCUUCAUGGACAUGUGUAUGGAAGAGGCAAUCCUGAAGAAUGUUAUCUUGCCAAUGUUAAAUUGGAUGGACCAGUUCCUGGUGUAUUGUUUGACAUGAUGGGAAAAUCAAAAGAAAAAGGUAAUUAUUAA